GUGUGUGUGUGUGUGCGCUGUAAAGUCAUUGGGUGUGUGAUCUGAUUCUCCUGACAAGUUUAGAUUUACAGAAUAGACGUUGCGGGGGAGAAUUGAGGAGGAGCAGGAGGGAGGUUGCAGUAGGAGCGUCCACAGCAGAGGAAGCAUCAUUUCAAGAGAGCUGGAGUCAGAAGUGCAGCACUUGGAGACAUCGACUGAGCCACUUUUGUGGAUUAUGACUUUUUUUUUUUUUUUUUGCUUCAGUUCAAGAGCUCAUCCUCAGUGUCUCUCUGUACCGGGCACUGUCAUCGCUGGCAGAAUGGAUAAGGCACAGUGAGCUGCUCUGUUUCUCUUAUCACUGCAUUGUUUUUUUUUUUUUGUUUUUUUUUUUACUUCUGUUCAUAGUUUUCAUUUAUCUUAUUUUGUCAUUUGGUACUUUUUACUCAUCCGGACACCUUUUACUUUCCUAAUAAGAAGCCAUAUCUAAGCAGCUGUUAGCGUUUAGCUCUUAGCUACCUCAUCUUCCCUGAGAGGACAGCUUUUAGGAGUGAUCCUUACGACCAUAGUCCCCUGGGACCCAGGACUGAACUGCAUCAUCACCUACGCCGACCCACUGCUGCAGAGUGGGAUGGACAGGGGCUAGCACCAGGGCAGGAAAUGCCAAAAGGGAAAGGACAAAAAGGAGGAGGAAGUAGAUCUUCUUCAGACAAGUGCAAGCUGAGGAAGACUGACAGUCGCUCUGCUAUACAACCACUUUUUACCAUAAAUGAGGAAGAGGAGGGGCUGAAACAGAGAAAAGCUUCCAAAACGAAGAAAAAAGCGUCCUUCUCCCAGUAUAGGUAUGAGGAUAGUGGAGCAUCUACAAUCACCCGUCCCAGCUCCUCAGGCUCUGGAGAGACCUACACCCCCACUGGGACCCCUGACUUUACCUUUCCCCUCAAUCGCACCACCACCAGCAAAAGCACCUGUAAUUAUGCUGCAACCAAAGCAGACUCGUUGCUCUUCAACAAGAUUGACGAGAGACAGAGGUUGGCCCGCGAGCGCAGGGAGGAGCGUGAGAAACAAAACGCCGUCAAGGAGGCACAGUGGCAGGCACGUGAGGAGCGAGCCAGGCAGCACUAUGAGAAGCACUUGGAGGAGAGGAGGAAAAAGCUGGAGGAGCAGCGAGUGAAGGAGGAUAAACGACGAGCUGCUGUGGAGGAGAAACGACGGCAAAAACUGGAGGAGGACCGGGUGCGUCACGAGGCGGUGAUCCGCCGCACGCUGGAGAAGAGCCAGAAAACCAAACCGAAGCCAAACCGCUGGUCUUGGGGUGGAGCACUGCACACAAACACUCCCAGCACAACAGCCGGUUUUGUUGAGUCUGAUUUCCUCUAUCCACUCGACCUUGCUGGACUGGAGCACAUGCAGAGUGCUUUCAGUCUCUACCACAGACACGGAAUGACGUCUCAAUAUGCAGACAGGAGGUCGGUGUCGACAGUAAAUUUAUCCAAACGUGCAGACCCCGUCAUUACCAAGCGCCUUUCCUCCUCCUCUGCAACUCUCCUAAACUCACCAGAUAGAGGCUUACAGAUGAGAACAGUCUCCACUCCUAUCAUAAACAAAGCUCUGUCCAAACCCCGCCUCCAUCAGGGGAAGACCACGCAGCAGAAAAACACAGGGCUGCGCCGCCUUCCGUUGACGUCAUGGGAGAGCAGCAUGGUGAACCGCCUGCAGCAGCCAACACAUUCUUAUUUGGCCCGCAGUCGCAGCGCCAUGAGCCUGUCUGGAGAGCAAACAGCCAUGCCUGUGUGUCCUCGCUCAGUGUCCUGCCACCCCAUGGGCGCCAUGUCCUUCAAAGCCCUGCAGGCCCAGCCACUUCCUCACUGUCGCAGCCAGGAGAGGAGUCUCAGCAGGGAAACGCCAUCCUCCACAUCCACCACCCCGCGGAGGAAGACCACCGGGUCAAUGCAGAAGCUAAAAGAUCGAGACACUGUCAGGAAGUCUUGGAGCAACUUGUCUCUUCCUCUGAACCCCAUCCUGACUUUACCCCCCAGCAAAUAUGCUGCUCCUCCAACCAAAAAGAGCAGCAAAGGGGCGGCUCCCUCUCCUGGCAGACCUCCACAGAGGACAUCAGGGCGUCCCCCGACUCCCAAGCUGCUCAAGUCUCCAGGAGCGGAAGAUGCAGGGAACCUCCGUCCUAUUAGGAUCACACCUGAGAGCUCCCAACCUUCCACUCCCACCAGAGCUGCAGAGGAAGAAGAGCUGGCUCUCAGUCCUCCUUUACUCAGACCUCAGCCUCUGGGUCAGAAUAAACCUCAGAGUGAAGAGACGCCAACGGCAGCUCCUGCAGGAGUCGGCGAAAGUACAAGCAGCCCUCCGGCUUCCAAACCGUCAGCGGGCACCACGGAUCCAGAGGAGGCGAGUCGUAUCCUGGCUGAGAAGCGAAGGCUGGCCCGGGAGCAGAGGGAGAGGGAAGAAGAGGAGAGGAGGCAGCAGGAGGAGCAGGCGAGACUGGCCAAGGAGGAGAUGGCUCGGCGUAAAGCAGAGGAGAGGAUGAGGAGAGAGGAGGAAACUCAACGCCAGGCAGAAGAGAGGAGGGGAAAAGAGGAGGAGGAGAAGGCAGCUGAGGAAGACAGACUUCAAAAGGAGAAGGAGGCAGAAAGGCUUCAAAAACAGAAGGAGGAGGAGGAGUCCAGAUUGAGAGAGGAGGCCGAGCGACUGAGGAAAGAGGAACGAGAGAAGCACUUUCAGAAAGAGGAGGCUGAGCGACUGGAAAGAAAGAAGCGUCUGGAGGAGAUCAUGAAGAGAACGAGACGCUCGGACGCAUCAGAAAAGAAAGUCAGGAACGGAGACCAUGCUGUGACUCCUGCCUCUCCUGCAGCGUCCACCUCCCAGAACAGCAAUGGCAGCCGAACGCCCGACCCAAACUCCAGCAGCAUGGCGCUGAGCCGCUCGGAUCAGAGCGAGAACGGGGAGUUUGAGGAGGUGAUCAAACUACUUCCACAUUCCAGGUUGUCUCCUCCUGAAGGGGAGGAGGAGGAGGAAGGUGUCAUGGAGAACGGUGUGAUGAAGCCUCUGAGUGGAGCGGAAGAUAUAUCAGUCCAGCAGGGAGCGGAUGUUGUCUGACGUUAUUCUGGGACCUGAUGAUCCCAGACCCACAGAACCUGAAGAGGAGGUUAGAUUAGAGAAACGUGGAACUGUAACCACUCCGGUGUUCUCUCAUUCUGCAGUCAUUUCUCCAGAGAUCUCAUAAAAAGCCUCCCAGGGAAAGUCUUUUUUCCCUCUGCGCGGUCCGGACGGAGCUCAUCAGUCCUGAUUCCUGGUGCAGCCUCUGUCCUCCUCUAAAAUCACAGGACGCUGAACUCUUAUCCCACGUGACGUGAGAUUAUGAAGAAAACCCUUUAACUAAUGUAAACAGAGAUGAAGGCUCCAGCUGUAACACUUGAAGAGUUCUUGUUGCUGUAGACGUGCUUUAAUCAGACCUCCAUCAUCAGCUAAACACACACAAGAGGCUCAAAAUGAUGACAGCACAUCUCACUAACUACUUGAGUUUUGCUGCGUCUGCAGUGUUUAGGUAACUGAGUAUUAGACUUUAGGUUUAAUGAUGAAAUCAAAUCAUUGAUGUAAAUUUCUGAUUUUUCUUUAGUUUUAUUUAAUUUCUGUACAGAUGUUGAAUCUCUGUUGCCUACAGCCUGUACUUGUUCAGAUUUAGCAAAAACAAAAUGUUUUGGGAUUAGAGCCAUUUACCUUCUUACUGUUUAACCUGCUGCAGCCUCGCAUGCAAUUUCGCCAUCCUGUCAAACUGUUGAGAUUAAUAAAUUAUGAUUAAUUUGAUCUCUUUGAUAAAAACAGAUGCCGUCAAUUCAAUGUCCGGUUGCCUUACUGCACUGCUGCUCGUUCCUGACACGAGCUUGUAGCUUUAAUAUUAAGUUAUGUUACUGAUCUCAACACGAGUCAUGUUAGUUCCUCAUGGAGCUUGAAGUAAAACACUGGAACUCGUCAGUUUUACUUCCAUCUAAAUGAAAUAAACUUUAAUGUUUUGUGCUGCAGGUUUGUGUAAGUAGUGCAGAAAACACCAUUUAACACUUGAUCUUCUAAAUACAAAGUUUAUUUUUCCUCACACCCCUUUCCUUCAUAGGAGAAGGGCUAGGAAGAGUUGUGUAUUACUGAAUUCUCUGUACAGUUCUAUUACUUGGCAAGAAAAUAAAACUUUGAAUUGAGAUUCCCAAAAAUUCACUUUGGAAUGAUUUCCUCCCACACGAACAGCACUGGUACAUUUAUUGUAGCAGAACCCAAAACAACUACGACAGGAAAGCAGAAAAUCGGAAUACUAGAAUAUUUACGUGUGAAAAAGAUGUAAAAGAAACAUUUAAAAUGGAUAAAACAAGUGGAAAGAGAAAUCUUGAGUGUUGAAAUCUCACUUCAAGCCAACAGUCAUAGCAUGUCAGUAAUCUGUUAAUAAGAUGCGGUUACUGAAGACUCGUAAAGUCCACUUCAGUAACCCACCGACUCUGACUUGGUCCCAGUGCUCCACAGCAUCCCAGCUUCACCAGUAGAAGGUUUUAGUGAGGAAACUGGCAGCCGUGUUGAGCCAGCUUCCGUUGGAGUCUUCCUUGGCUGCAGUGCGGGAAACGGCUCGGUCCGCCUCCCUCUCUGGGCUUUCCUCAUCCUCUGGGAGGUAAUCUGGAAGAGCUGAGUUUUGCUGCACCUGCACUCCGAUCGAGUUCAGCUGGACGUAGACCUGAGCACAAACAAGUUUUAGAAGCUUAGUGGGAACUUGUGCCGAGUGCCUUUUCUAAACCAAAAGAAAGGUCACUCACCUCCUCUCCUGCCUCAUUUUUCAACACCUGCUGAGCCGACAGCACCUUAGUGGCAGCGAUGGCUGAUGCCAAAGUCUGCAAAAGUUAAGUCAAAAAGGCAGGUUUUUCUUUAUCAGUUUGAACGGACAAACUUCUUGGAUUUUGAUCACCAAACGGACAUAAAACGUGUUUUGUUUUUUACCUCGGUGGGAAGGUCUGAACGGACGCGGACCGUGCAUCUCUUGGAAGCCAUUUGAAACGUGAAGCUGAUCACUCCUUUGACUUUCAAAAGAGCCUCCUCGCAUAAGCUUCGCUGGUGCUUGGUAACAGAAAAGAAAACUUGGAGUAAAUUUAAACAGCUUGUAAGGAUAAAAGAGUGUUUCCAUCAGCUAGUCAGCUUACAGUGGUCUCCAGCCCCUGGAUGUGUAGUGUCACAGAUUUGGCCUUCUUGUUGGAGGAAUUGAUGAAGAACUGGGACUUCUUUCGUCUCUGCCUCUCGGGCGUGCAGGGUGCAGGAAUUGUGGGCGAAAGCAGAAUGCCGUAAACCUCCUUUGCCAAGGCUGUGAUGUCAACAGAUGGGCCCUCCCUGUAUGAAGGCAUAAUCAGUCUGAAUGUCAAUAGUUAGAAAUUGCCUCCCUUCAAAAGUCUGUCCUCACAUUUCUUUGUGUACAGUGUAACACUGGAAUGUGAGUGAAGCAACAAAUAUUCAUCAAAAAUAUUCAAAGAUCUUUUAAAAGCAUAAAAUGUUUCAUUUUAAAACUUCAUGAGAAAGUCAGGCUGCUUGGAGGCAAAGUUUCAACUAGGAGUCUGCUUACAGUUCUGUCUCAUGGUAAAAUAUUCAUCCAACCACUUCUAAUCUCACCUUUGGAUAAGAUUUUCCAGGCUCACCAUCAUACCCAGUUCAUUCUUCAUGAUGGGAAUAUUGAGAGGCAUUUCAGCCAAAUAACGAAGGGUCUGAGGACAAAAUACACCAGUUUUAACACUAAACAUGAGUAGAUCCAGCACCUGUCUGUCUUCCUACCUGCAGAGUCGCAAACAGAACUUCUGGAUUCUUGUGAUCCAGGAAUAAAACCAGCCCAGGAAGGCAGCCCUGGUCCUGAACUAUCACCUCCCGGUUCUGCGACUCAGAAGCCAGAUCCCGCAGCUGACACACCACCGACAAAGCAUCCAUCAUCCUUAAACCCACCGGACC